CAUAUUUCUUUCGAUUCUUUCCAUUUCGAUUGAAAUUUUCGGGGGGAAUAUGUAUCUCAUCACCCGCACUUCCUAAAGCCAAUUCUGAUUUCUGACUGAAAUUUUAUCCAAAUUUGCCCGGAAUGCGAUAGAUAUAUCCAUAGAUUAUUUGUCUCUGGGCAUUUUAAUUUUUAAUUCACUGGGAUUUUCUCUGAAUUUGUUGUGGCUUCAUCCAAGAUUCAGAACUGACGCUCUUUUCACUCCCCAGGGAUUUAUAUCCGAUCAUCUGUAGACCGUAACUGAUAAUUUUCUCCCAACCAUUUUGAGGUUUUAGUUUCAGGGUCAAACCUGAUUCAGAACCCAGAGGUUUCACCGCCGGAAACGUAAGAAUCGAAUAGACCUAGUUUGGAUAUCUGGGUGUUGUUAAAGACCGGUUUUUGUUUCUUGAUUUUUAUCUGGGUAGGGUUUGGUUAUUUUGGGGAUUUGGAGGAGAGGUGCUUGUCCUCCGAUCAUGGCCGACUGUGAGACUCUUGAUCAAUGGAGGGACUAUUUCAGGAGUGCGAAUUCCGAUAUAUUCUUUAUCAUUGAGCAUGCUAUAAUAGUGGCAGCCGCGGAUUUUCCCAAUGAGUUCAAAUUGAGGAAAGGUGGGAUUGCUGAGAUGCUGUUCACGUGUAAACUGGCCAGGUGCUUAGCCUGCAACAAGGAUGAAGUGGUUUUACCGUUUGGGGAUGGUGGGAAUGCCCCGGGAAAGCGGGUGGGGUGUAAUGGGGAAUUGGAGGUGGAUGGGAGCAAAGAGAGCAAGACGAAGAGCGGUGGAGAUGAUCAUGUGGAGGAGAUGAAUUUGAACCAGGUCAGUAAUUGCAGCUAUGGAGAUGCUGAGGCAUUGACUGAUGAGAUUGAGGAAGAGUCUCAGACUGUUGAGGAGGUGUUGAGGAUCAAGAAGAUUCUUGAUAACUAUGAAGAAGAGUCUGAUUCCAUAUUGUUUGAUUCACUGAGGAGGCUUCAGUUGAUGUCUUUGUCUGUGGAGAAUCUGCAGGCCACAGGGAUUGGGAAGUCAGUAAAAGCUCUCAGAAAUCAUGGAUCAAAACAGAUUAGGCCACUUGUCCAGACAUUACUUGGGGAAUGGAUGCUCAUGGCAAAUGAAUGGUUCAGUGCUACAAAUGCUAUUUCAAGCACGGAAAGCACUCCAGAUUCUGGAAAAUCAUCGGUUGUUGAAGUGGAGGAGGAGGAAGAGGAAGGACUUCCUUCUCCCCCUAUGGACGAGGGAGUUUUUUUUACUACUGCUGCUACUACUGGAAUGGAGCUAUCCCAUUUCUUUGAUGGCAUGGAUGAUGAUGGAAAUCCUCAUACUAGUGGGGAAUUCAAGAAGAACCGUGAAAAUGGUAGAAAGCCAUCAGUGGAGAACCAAAGUAUUCCCGUCAGGAAGGAUCAACUUUCGGAAAGGGCAAACCCUUCUUCCCGGGACCCAAAGAAUAAGCAUCCAAAGAAGGACGAAGCUGUGAUGAAGAAACAGACAACCGUUGAUAAGCCAAAUAAGCCUUCUGCCAGUGAUUCUGGGCCAAGAAGACCUGCAAAACCCGCUUUGGAUCACAAGGCCAGUAGUUAUGAAACGAAGUCCCAGCAGAGAUCAGAUGGAACCACACUUCCGAAGAGAUCAGUUGGUUCUCCGCAAAACAAAUUGAGGUGUUCAGACGAAGAUUCAGUUAAAAAAUUGGAGGCGACGAAGAGGAGACUCCAGGAACGCUACCAAGAAGUUGAAAAAGCCAAGAAGCAGCGGACUAUACAGGUUAUGGAGUUGCACGAUAUCCCCAAGCAGGGUCUUGGUAAUAAAAACGCGCAUGCAAAGCCUGGCAACCACAACAAGCUUCGGGCAAAUGGACGUCAUUGAGUUCUCUAUUGCUGGACUUUAAUGUUGUGGAAUUAGAAUGAUAGCUCGUUAGCAGAGACUACAGACAACAUGCUUUCUUGUUGAUUUCAUCGAACUUAUAUUUAGAGCCCGCUCUAGAAUUGGGAGUGGCAUGUUUUGCAAACAUUGUCAUCAUCUUAGAUAGAUCCAUAUAGGUAUAGACUCUUUACUAAACUAAGGGGGGAACAUGGUAGCCUAAAUUUGCCUUUAUCUCUCACAGAUGUUUUGUACAGAAUAAGUGCAUCUUUAUGGUGCAACUCUAUUGUUUUCGCAUUUCGUUAGGAGUGCAGACACAAACCUGGGCAUUUCUUCCCAGAAAAAUAAUUGAUGGUUCUAUCAUAGACAACAAUUUGUUUCACA